AUGUCACACCCCAUUCAAGCUAUUCAAGAGGUCGCGGGCGCCGCCGGGGCUGACCCACGGCCUAUGCAGAGAGCGACUGUUUUCCAGGGACUUAAUGAUGGCCCUGCUUCCCUAGCGGCAAAGAUCACUGGUGUGUCAUCUGCCAACAGACAACAAGAUGAUGCUCCUUAUCACACCAACAACGACGGGAUCCCAUGGCCGGCCCCAGACCACAGCAAAACCAUUGGCGGGAUUCCCGUUGUGAGCGACAUUUUCCUCAUGCAGAAGCAGCAAGCCUUCAAUCGCCACAAGUUGCUUGAAAGAAUGGUCCAUCCUUGUGGAAGCGGUGCCUUUGGAUACUUCGAGACAACUAAGGAUGUUUCUCAUUUGACCAAGGCGCAUUUUCUCCGAAGCUCGGGUGUCAAGACACCUAUUUUCCUCCGAUACUCAACCGUCACCCUCGGACGAGAAUUCCCGGAUACGGCCAGAAACCCUCGAGGCUUUGCUAUCAAGUUCUACACCGGCGAGGGAAACUACGACAUCGUCGGUCUCAAUUUCCCGGUCUUCUUCUGUCGUGAUCCAAUUCAGGGACCCGAUGUCAUACGCAGCCAAGGACGAAGACCAGAUAACUUUCUCCUCGACUACAAUGCGACCUUCGAUUUGUUGGCCCAUACUCCCGAGGCUAACCACGCUGGAAUGAUGUUCUUCAGUGACCAUGGAACACCAGAUGGCUGGCACUCCAAUCAUGGAUAUGGGUGCCAUACCUUCAAAUGGGUCAACAAAGAGGGCAAGUUCGUCUACAUCAAGUACCAUUUCCUGGCAGACAAGGGUCAGAAGCAGCUCACUCGUCAACAAGCCGUCGAGCUGGGUGGCAUCAACCCGGACUAUUCUAAGCAACAACUUUGGGAAGGUGUCGAGCGAGGUGACCCGAUCACGUACACUGCGUGUGUGCAAGUCAUGGAGCCUGAAGAGGCGGAUCCAUUGAAGUUGGGAUUCGAUCCUUUCGAUGUGACUAAGGUCUGGCCCAGAGAUCAGUUCCCGAUGCAAGAAUUCGGCAAACUUCAUCUCAACAAGAACCCAGAGAACUACCACCGUGACGUCGACCAGGCCGCCUUCUCUCCAGGCUCCAUGGUGCCCGGCAUCGAGGACAGUCCGGACACUCUCCUCCAGUUCAGAAUGUUCUUCUAUCGCGACGCCCAGUACCACCGCCUCGGCACCACCAACUACCAUCAAAUCCCAGUAAACUGCCCAUUCAUGGCGUCAUCAAUGUCCAGCCUCAACUUCGACGGCACGGUGCGCAUCGACGCCAACCACGGGGGCAACCCAGACUACGCGCCGAAUUCGUACACGCCGAUGAGCAAGUUCCGCCCGGACACGGCCAACGCACCAUACCGGGUCGCGGACCCGAUCGUGUCGCGCAAAUCGCACUUCUUCCACGAGGGCAAGGACUCGGAGUACGACCAGCCGCGCGUGCUGUACGAGCGCGUCAUGACCCAGUCCCAGCGCGACCACCUGCACAGCAACACCGCCGUUAUGCUGGGCCACGUCAGCGACCCCAAGAUCCAGGUCUUGUAUCUGGCGCAGCAGUUCAAGAUCAAGCCGAGCUAUGCACGCGCCAUCUAUGAUCUGUUGGCCGAGCAGAAGUUUGACUUCGGUGAGGUCGAGAAGGCAAGUGAGGGUGCUGAGAAGAGGACUCAUACUCCCAUGUUCAUGUUUGGUAAUGACCAGGAGCGCAUGGUUGGCUUGCCGGCACCAGGGGUUUAUAACAUGUAA